AUGGCUGAUCUAAGUAACAUCUUAGCUGCGCUUGCUGCGCAGAGAGGCACUCCUUCACAAGCACCCCCUCCACCGCUUCAAGGCGCUCCCUAUCCUCCACCCCAAUAUGCUACACCUCCAGGUGGCGCAACACCCUAUGGACUUCCACAGCCCAUCAAUUCUGGGAGUGUCGAUCUUGCAAAUAUAAAACCUGUUAGUUCAGGCUCUGUCAGCAUUGCCGAUGCCAUUGCCAAAGCUCGAAACAUAGCCGCAGAAAAAGGUCUUUCGUACGAUCCAAGCCGACCACCCAUCAAUAUGGAUCCUCGGGCAGCCAACAGAGGUUACAGACGAUCGCGCUCACCUUCCCGUUCCCCACCACGGAUGAGCAGAGAUGGCUAUCGUGACCCGUACAACAACAAUCCCUACCGCGACGAGAGACGAGGCAACGACCGAGGCUUCACCCGAGAACGCUCAUUCUCCCCUCGAGGUGGCCUUUAUUCUCCUAGAUAUCGAGAUGAGAGGUCCCCUGGUCGUGAUCGUGGCGCUGUCGCAGGUGCCGCUCCUGGUGCGGAUGGAGAAUCGGAAAUUGUACCACUUGAUAAAAGCUUGGUUGGUCUGAUUAUUGGCCGCUCUGGCGAGAAUCUCAGAAGAGUUGAAAGCACUACCGGAGCCCGUGUACAAUUCAUGGAUGGGCCUGAAGUAGCUGGCACACAAAGACACUGUAGGAUUUCUGGCGGCCGAUCAGCACGAGCGGCUGCCAAGGCCGAGAUCUUCAAAAUCAUCGAGGACAACGAGUCGGCCAAAAGAGGCGGAGGAGACAGAUCUCGCAACCAGGGCAACCAGGGGUCCCAAGGGGGUAACAAGGCUGUUGUAGUCCAAUCCAAGGGAGAGGGCGACAGUCUUCAAAUGCUUGUUCCCGACCGCACAGUUGGUUUAAUCAUUGGCAGAGGUGGGGAGACGAUCCGAGAUUUGCAAGAUCGAAGUGGAUGUCAUGUCAACAUUGUGGGAGAGAACAAGAGUAUCAAUGGCAUGCGACCUGUCAACCUCAUUGGCAGCCCUUCAGCCCAACAAUAUGCUCGGGAUCUCAUCCUUGAGAUUGUCGAAAGCGAUCAAAAAGGAAUCAGCGUCAAAGAUCUCCAUCGCGAUCGUGAGGAUACUCAUGGUGGCGGUGGUGGCGGUGGGGGCGGUGGGAGCGGCAAUGGUAAAAUCAAUGAUUCAAUCACCGUGCCUGGUGAGGCUGUUGGCAUGAUUAUCGGAAAAGGGGGUGAGUCGAUUCGCGAUAUGCAAAAUCAGACGGGAUGCAAGAUCAAUGUGUCUAGCGCCACUGGACGUGACAUAGAACGUGAGAUUGGUUUGAUAGGUACUCGCCAAGCCAUCGACGCCGCGAAACGUGCCAUCAUGGAAAAGGUCGACACAGUUCGUGCUCGAUCUCAAGCUCGUGAAACACGCGAUGACUAUACCGACCAUUACGGAGGACAACAACAGCAACAGCAACACCAGCAGCAACCUCCUCCUGGAUAUCCUCCUACCGCCAUUCCAGCAGCUCAGCCUGGUGCACCACCACCAGCAGCUGGAGGAGCAGAUCCAUACGCAGCAUAUGGCGGAUAUCACAAUUAUCUUUCCAUGUGGUAUGCAGCUAUGGCGGCGCAACAGCAAGGUGGUCAAGGUCAAGGUGAGCAACGAUAG